UCAUUCCUUUUAUAGAUCUAGUUUAGUGAUGUGGGCUUUUCAUUUCAAGAACUUAUUUCUAUUCUAUUCUAGAUUGACUAGAACUGGUCUAGAACUAUAGAUUUGGAUCAAGAAUCUAGAUCUAUAUAUCUAGUCAGGGCCGGAUUUUGGGGAAGGGCCCAACAUUUAGAGAUAACUAAAAUUAUAAAAUUUUCGAUUUACUCAGUCAGGGAGCUAGAUUCUAGAUUUCAGCAAAAUCAUCCAUAAACCAUUUAAAUCUAGACUAUCAACAUGGUGACAGAAUUUUUCUGGAGUGAAUGUGCACACUUUAUAAUGACUGUGGACAUGUUCCCAGUCUUUUUUGCAGCACAUUUCACUCUUGCUGCCCUCAUUGUAAGAGAUGAUUCAAAAGACUUAGGUGCUGGUGUAUUUCGCCAGGGUCAUCCCUUUGCUAUGUGGUGCUGCACUGUAUUGGCAGGUCUUUCUGGAGUUUUUGUGGCUAACUUUCUGUUUGCUAAUCCUUUAGUGGACAUAUUGAAAGAACACAAGCUCAUAAUGUUUAUCACAUUGAUAUGGUAUCUGGUGAAUUAUUGUCCCUAUGAUUUAGUUUACAGAGCAUGUACAUCAAAACCUAUAAAGAUACUAGCAUCAGUUCUACAAGAAUUUCUGAGAGUCAGGUUCAUAUACCUUGGACUACAGCAGGCAUCUAAGAUUUACCCAGGUGCUUACAUUAUAAUGGUCAUUGGUGGAGCUAUCAAAGGCAAUGGUUAUGGUUUUCUACGCAUUGUGGAGCGUCUUAUCCGCGGAAAAUGGACACCAGAGGCAAAUGACAUUUUAAAUAUGACUUAUUUUGCCAAAUCUGCAGUGUAUGCCAGCAUUAUUUUUCUGCUUCAUCAUAUUGACAUCAUUGCGUUUCCCAUCCAGUAUUUAUAUUGUGCAAUUGUAGCCAUCUUUGUAGUAUUUCGAUUAACAAUAAUUUUUGGUGAAGUUUCUGACCCAUUAAGUUCUAUUGAGAAACCUAUAUGCUCUGUAUUAUUCCGUUGUUAUACAAAGUCACAAGAUAUUAAAGUCAAAACAAACUAGAACUUGUUUUUUUUUACUAUUAUUAUUUAAACAUAAAAGAUUGCUUUAAUUUUCUUUUAAGUACUUUUACCAUUAUUGUUCUAGAAUGAAAACUAAUUAAACUUAUACCCACCAAUAUUUUAUACAAAUAUAUUUUCAAAUAUCCCUUAAUAUAUAAACAGCAUUAAGUAACUUAUGGUUAAAUGUGACAUCCUUAUAAUAAUUUGUAUGCUUAAAUAUGUAUGUAUAUAUAUAUAUAUAUGUCCGGCAUGUUAUUGAUAUUUGUAUGUGCUCUAGUUAGUGGAAUGUUUCCAUUAAAACCCCAUCAGAAGUUGAUACAAGUGCAAAACCACUGUGAUCAUUAAUUUCAUUGAUACAGGUACAAAUUAUGACAUUGUAUGCAUGUAAAAAGUGAGAAUGUGACUAACCUGGAUCUCUGAGUGUACAUUCCAAAAUUUUGUAUUGGAGCAGUUUACUUUUUCCCCUUAUUUUUAUAUUAUAUAUCUUACCAAAUUAGCUGUUUUCAAGUCAUUCAAACUCUUUUCCAGACUUAUUUGUUUUUUAAUAAAAAAAAAAAUUAAAAUUAUAUUUUAUUGUAAUUAAGGUAUAAGAUGCUAAGAGAUAUGCACUGUUCUACUGAACUAAAUAAAAACAUUUUUUUAAAUGUA